CCUUACCCCUGCAGCCACUUGCUUGGAUAAUCUAAAACCAUAAUCUACAACCAGUACAUAUAUAUUUUCCAUUGUAUCAAUAUACACAAAUAUCUAUCAUCAUUCCUCCAAGAGAAACAUUGUGUCACCUGGAUACUGAGCCAGAUGCUGGGAGCAGGGAGGAUGGAGGAGUUUCACAGUGAGGAAGAGGAGCCCUGGUAUGACCAGCAUGAUCUAGAGCAAGAUUUGCAUCUAGCAGCAGAGCUGGGGAAGACACUCUUAGAGCGAAAUAAGGAACUGGAGGUGUCGUUGCAGCAAAUGUACUUGAGCAAUGAAGAUCAGGUACAGGAAAUUGAGUACCUGAGCAAACAGCUGGAGAUGCUGCGGCAGGUGAAUGAGCAGCAUGCAAAGGUCUAUGAGCAGCUGGACACAGUGGCAAGAGAACUAGAAGUGACUAACUUAAAGCUGAUUCAGGAAAACAAAGUGGCCCAGCAAAAGAUAACAAGUCUGACAGGAACUAUAGAUGGUCUUCAGAGACAGGUUGAAGAUCUGCAGAGACAAGUAGAAGAACUACGUGGUCUGGAGCAGGUUCGGGUCCGGAGAGAAAAAAGGGAAAGACGUCGUACUAUUCACACCUUCCCCUGCAUGCGGGAGUUGUGUGUCAGUACCAGGUAUGAAGACACAGUCCAAAUGCACAGUUCUUGUCUAGACCUGUCCCAAAAGCCUAUACAGAGAGAAAACGAGUGCCUGCACAGUGCUGUGAUUGCCCUUCGAGCUCAGGUGGCUGAAGAACGUCAACGCAAGGAAAGGGCAGAAAGAGAAUAUCAAGCCGUGGUACAGGAAUACUCUGAGCUGGAGCAGAGAGCCUGUGAACUAGAGAACUGCAGAUUACGUGUGCAGGAGUUAGAGACAGAACUACAAGAACUGCAGCAAAUGAAGCAGGUAAAACGUUACCUCCUGGGAAGGGGUGACAGCCUUUCUCAGACAUUGUUAGAACCUCUUAACAAGACUCCUGAGACAGAUGACCCAGAGCCUUCGGAAGAAGGGGAUGCGAACAGAGGUCAUACACUCCCAAAUUCAGCUGUCAGGAAAAGCUGCAGUGACACAGCCCUUAGUGCUAUUGUAGGGAGGGAUGCUGCAAGCCGACAUGAAGGCAAUUAUACUCUCCACGCUAACAGCACUAGAAGACGUGGCAUGUCUAUACUGCGGGAAGUGGAUGAGCAAUAUCAUGCUCUGUUGGAGCGUUAUGAGGAGCUUCUGACCAAGUGCAGACGGCAUGAGGACAAUUUGUGCCACGCGGGAGUGCAGACUUCCCGUCCAGUAUCACGAGACAGUUCUAGCCGAGAUCUCCCUGCUGAGGAGGGAGAGCCUGAGCGAGCACUGACCAUGCAGUUGGAGGCUGCAGACCGUAGGCUUGAGCAGAGUCAGCCAGAAUACAAGGCACUAUUCAAAGAAAUAUUUAACCGCAUCCAGAGAACCAAGCAAGAUGUUAGUGCUGGCAAGGGGCCAGGGGGGAAAUAAUUGGCCAAUAACUUGACCAUCCUUCCCAAUCUGUUCAGCAGCUCUACUGCACACUGACCCAUUCCUACUAACCAAUACUCUAUUUAUGCUUAUGUACUAACCAAUUUAAUCCAAUGUACAUCACAAAUACAUAUUUAUCAAACACUAAUAGCAACAUUAAUUUGCAAAGAUUGCUAUACACUAUUGGUGCUGUAGAUCCCCAGAUGGCAUUUUAGGGCCAAUAUCCAAGUUUAGUAAAUCUUAAAUAUUUAAAGGGCACUGUCCUGAAAGAUAAUUGCAAGCAUGAUAAUAUAUCUCACUCAAGUGACCCCAGAUAUGGACUUUGACAUAACAAAA